AUGGGCAUCCAGCCAGGACAAUUGAGCCAGCUCUAUGUUCUGGAUCUUCAAUGCGUCUCCACGGUCCCGUGUAUCCUGAUCCUCCUCUCGGCACUCGCCCUGAGGUGCGUGUCCUCAGCCCGGUACCCCACCAGUUCCGGCACUACAGUGCGCUUCGACACCAGGAGCUGCCAGAGCCGCCUCGACAAGGAUGGCGUCUCCUUGGCUGGCUCGGUUGUCGGGGACAAGUCCGACACCCUUGGCUCUGCUGCCUCGGGCAAGAAGAGAGGUGGAGGACAGAAGAAGCAGAUGCAAGCCAAUAAAUCUGCUCUCCGAGCUCCUCGAGCGCUCUGCUGCCUCACCCUCAGUAACCCCAUCCGCAUGGCUGCCUUGGCCCUUGUUGAAUGGAAAUAUCCUUCAAUGAUGAUACCUUUUGAUAUUUUCAUUCUACUUGCUAUCUUUGCCAACUGUGUGGCCCUGGGUGUAUCUAAACCCUUCCCUGAGGAGGACUCCAAUUCCACCAACCACAACCUGGAACAAGUAGAGUACAUCUUCCUAGUUAUCUUUACCAUUGAGACCUUCACUAAGAUCCUGGCCUAUGGCUUGGUUAUGCACCCCAGCGCCUACAUCCGCAGUGGCUGGAAUUUGCUUGAUUUUGUCAUCGUCGUCGUCGGGUUGUUCAGUGUGGUUGCUGAGGGGACGGCUGACCACAAGCCUGGAGAUUCCCAUCAURCAGCAGGCAAACCAGGAGGACUGGAUGUCAAAGCGCUCAGAGCCUUCAGGGUGCUGCGACCCCUUAGGCUGGUGUCUGGAGUGCCGAGUCUCCAGAUUGUCUUGAACUCCAUCAUGAAAGCCAUGGUUCCCCUGCUGCACAUUGGUCUGCUGGUCAUGUUUGUCAUCAUCAUCUAUGCCAUCAUCGGCCUGGAGCUCUUCCUCGGCAGGAUGCACAAGACCUGUUUCUACGUGGGCACAGAACUGAACGUGGAUGAUGACCCCACACCGUGUGCAUUUGCUGGAAACGGGCGGGAAUGUGUUGGCAAUGGGACAGAGUGCAGAGGACCGUGGGAGGGGCCUAACGGUGGGAUCACCAACUUCGACAACAUAUUUUUUGCCAUGUUGACUGUGUUCCAGUGUAUCACCAUGGAGGGCUGGACCGAUGUGCUCUACUGGAUGAAUGAUGCAAUUGGCUUUGAGAUGCCCUGGGUCUACUUUGUCUCUCUGGUCAUCUUUGGCUCGUUUUUCGUACUCAACCUUGUAUUGGGAGUGUUGAGCGGAGAGUUCUCCAAGGAAAGAGAGAAGGCUGUGGCUCGUGGAGAGCUGCAGGACGCCCAGAAUAAGAAGCAGAUGGAGGAGGAUAUGUGUGGCUACAUGGACUGGCUCAUCGAGGCCGAGGAUGUGGAUGAGGAAGGAAACAAACGUGCUGCUGUUGCCAAGAAGAAAAUGAUGAAGAAGUUUGGCUGGUAUAAACACAGCGAGGACGGAGGGCUAAAAUGA